UGUUUUCUAUUUAAUUUAAUUACAAUUUUUCAUAUUGUUAUAAUAAAUUUCAGUGUAAAAUUAUUAUUUUUAAUAAAAUAUUUAAAAAAGAAAAAAGAAUUUAAACAAACAAAAAAUUAAAAUAAUUAAAAAUGCAAGUAAUUGUUAGAUCAAUUCAAUUGGUUUGUCUUUCAUUUUUAACAUGUGAUUCAUUAUUAAACAAUGAAAAGGAAAAUAAAAGAAUGCUAUUGGUGUCGAGAUGUUGUGCGGCAUGUACUGAACAGAAUUUACAAUUGCCCUUGGAGAGCUGCUAUCAAAUUUGUGAUAACGGUAUAACGGGUAAUAAUACAACGAAAUUAAAGAAAAUUCAUGAAAAUCAUUAUAUAAAAUUAUUAUGCCGAGAUGAUACAACAUUAGCAUUUCAGAUAAUGUUAAAAGAAUUUGGAUCAAUAAAGAUUAAAACAGCAAAUCAAACAAUUAUUACAAAUAAAUUGAAUAAUGAUAAUAUAAAUAAAACUAUUAAGGAUAUGGAUAGUAGUAGUAGCAGUAGUAGCAGUAACAAUAGCACAAAAAUUAUUAAUGAAAAUAAUUUUAUAACAAAAAGAUCAAAUAAUGAAAUUUAUUUUAUAAGGAUAUAUAAAGCAGAGAAUGUCACAGAUCAAGUAAAUUUAUUGACAAAUUCUAGUUAUGUUAAAGUUGAAAAUUUAGAACCGAACACAACAUAUAAUAUAACAGCAACAGUUGUUUAUUCAAAUUAUGAAUAUAGUUUAAUUGUACAGAAUCAACAAUUUACAACAUUACAUCGCAAGUAUACACCAAGUAAAGUUCAAAAAAUUGAAUUAGGUCCUUUCAUACAGGAUGAACAUGAUAAAUAUACACUUAAAGCGAUAAUCUUAUGGAAACCAGCAUUAGACAUGACGUGCCACUAUGAAAUUGUUUUUUAUUCAUCGGAAAAAACUGCAUUUAACCCUGACAUGAAAUCAAUUGAAAUUCGUAACCUUGAGCAAUUAUACAAUUAUACAAUAGAACCUCUUGCACUCGGUACACCAUACACAAUUGGUAUACGUAGUAAAAAUACAAAAGAAGAUUCAAAAGAAAGUGAUUUGGAAUAUUUGGAUAUAGUAACGCCAUCUUGUUUGGAACAACAUAAUAAUGAUUUAACUAUAUGUCCCCCAUCGACACCAAGAGAACUUGAAGCACAUGAGGAGAUUUUAUCAUUAAAUGAAUUUUCAAUUAAUAUAACAUGGGAGAAACCAUCUUUAGAACCUGAUUAUUAUACAAUAAAAAUUUUGGAUACCGAAUAUGAGAGUAAUGAAUUUACAACAAUUAAUCACACCAAAAAUGCUACCAAGGAUCAGAACUCUUUAUUUAUACCACAUAUAAUUUUGUAUGGGCACGGAUAUGAAGUAUAUUUGACAGCUUAUUCGAAAGGUGGAAAUGCAACAACAUAUGUUAGAAAACCUCAUAGGAAAAUCCAUUUUCCAGUUGACCAUUUUCUUUGGGGAACUUUUAUAUAUGAAAUUAUUGUCCUUUUACUGGUAUUUGUCGUCAUCACUGUUAUAAUAUUCGUAAUUUGUCAUCGACGUGCAAAAAUUAAACGUGAUAAGGAACGUUGCAAAUAUUUUGAGGUUGAAAUGAAAGUUAAUGAUGGACUAGAUGUAUUACAAUAUAAACCAAGGGUUUCCAAACUAUUCAGCCUAAGGGCCACAAUAAUUGCACCAGAAUUAGAAAAGAAAGCCCCAAUGGAUCCAAAUUCAAAUUUUGAAAUUGUUGGUCGUAAUAUGUCAUUAGAGCAAUUACAACUUGAUUUAGAAGACAAAUUAUUUUUUAAUGAUGAAUUAGAAAUUAAAUUAAUUGAUGUUGAUCUAUUUGAAGUAAUUGGUGAAGGUGCAUUCGGUAUGGUAAGACGUGGUAAAUUAAAAACUGGUGAAAAGAAAGAAGUUGAUGUUGCCGUAAAAAUGUUAAAAGAUCAAGCAUCAAUUGAAGAUAUGAAAACAUUUCGUCGAGAAAUUGAAGUCAUGAAAUCAGUUGGUAAACAUCCGCAUAUUGUAAAUAUUGUUGGUCAUUAUACAAAAAAUAUUAAAGAAAUGAUGUUAUUAACAGAAUAUUGUAGCCUUGGGAAUUUAUUAGAUUUGUUGAGAGCGGAAUGGCAAAGAAUUAAUAAAAUUGUUUAUAUUCAAAAAACAACACUAACGCCAUCAAAUUCACCACCAGCCGUACCAUACCAUAAUAAAUAUAGUAUGAAUAAUAGUAUAUUCAAUUGUCGUGAUAGAAAAUUUUCAACAAUGGGACAUAAAAAAACUGAAAAUAUUUUUAAUUUUGAUAAAGGAACAACAUUAAAAUAUAAAAAUAUUGGCGAUGAUAAUAAAUUACGAGUUUAUAAAAGAAGACCAAAGAGUCAAAAUAUCACUCCAAAUAAUGCUAGUAAAAUUAGCCGAAAUAAUACAAAUAAUGAUCAACAUCAUAAUCAUCAUCAUCAUUAUCAUCAUCAUCAUAGACAUAAUUAUCAAUAUAAUAAUUAUCAUAAACAUUAUCAAAAAAAUAAUGAUGAUUUAAAUAAAAAUAAAGAUGAAACAACAGCAACAACAGCAACAGCAUUUAAUAAUAAUAAUCAAAAUAGUAAUGAUAAUAUACAAUUUAAUAAUCAUAUAUUAAAACAAAAAUCUGAUAAUAAUAAUGAUAAUAUUAGUAUUGCAAAUGUGAUUAAUGAUAUAGAUAAUACAAAAAUUGAUAUUAAAAAUAAUGAUAUUAUUGAUGAUGAUAAUACAAAAUUAGUUAUUAAUAAAGGAUAUGGAUUACAAUCGGGUUUUUGUACAAAUUUUUGUAAAUGUCAAGUUGACAUAAUCGAUACAUUAACAAAUUCAACAAAUUUAAAUGAAAAUGAAACAGGAAAUACAGUUAUGAUACCAACACAAUCAAAUCAAAUUAAUAUUGUAAAAGACAAUAAUGCAAUACCAAAAGAAAUUAAAACAACAUCAAGAUCAACAUUAUCGACAACAUCAUUAUCAUCACCAUUACAAUUAACAAUACCACCAAUAAAAACAAUAUCAACAACAAAUGAAUUAAAUUUAAAAUCACCAAUAUCAAAUAAAAUCUUAUUUCCAAUGUGCCUUAACGAAACAAGAAUAUCAAUUGAUGCAAUUGAUAAUAGUAAUUGUUUAAGUGUUCAUAAUGAUAGUAGUCAAUUACUUGAUUCAAAUGGAUCUGAUGAUACAAUACAAGAACCUGUACCAUCAACAAUAAUAACAAAAUCAUCAUCAAUAACAGAAACAACAACAUUAUCAACACAACAAAAUUUAUUAUUAAAUAACAAUAGUAAUACCAAUAAUAAUAAUAAUAAAAAUUUAAAAUUAUUUAAUAAUAAUUAUAAUAAUAGUAAUAAUAAUUGUAAUAAAAUACAAAUAAAAAAUUGUGAUUGUAAAUUAAAAUCAUCAAAUCGAAAUCGUAUUAAAAGUUCAUCAAGUAAUUUAAAUGAUGAUGAAACAGCAACAAUUGCAACUACAACAACAACAUUAACAAAUGGUUCAUCAACAUUAUUAAUUGAAAAUCAAGGAUAUUAUAAAUUUUUAAAUUCUAAUAUUCAUAAUAAAUCAAAUACAAUUAGUGAUCUGACAUUAAAUAAUAGUAAUGAAGGUAAUCUUAAUUAUCAUGCAAAAAAUAAUAAUGAUAAUAAUGAUAAUAAUUGUAAUGUUGAUAGUGAGCAUAAUAUAAUUGAAGAAGAUGAUAAUGAUAUUAUUUUCAAAGGAUAUUCUAACUAUGAUUUGAUUAAUAUCGCAAAACAAAUUGCUAUGGGAAUGGAAUAUUUGUCAAAAUGUAAAAUUGUUCAUAGAGAUCUUGCAGCAAGAAAUGUUUUAGUGUGUAAAGAUAGGACAGUUAAAAUUGCAGAUUUUGGUUUAAGCCGAGAUGUUUAUCAAGAAAAUGUUUAUAAAAAAACGGGAAAUGGAAAAUUACCAAUUAAAUGGUUAGCAAUAGAAUCUAUGACUCAUCAAGUUUAUACAACGCAAAGUGAUGUAUGGUCUUAUGGUAUUCUUUUAUAUGAAAUUGCAACACUUGGUGGUACACCAUAUCCUUCAAUACCAACUACAAAAUUAUUACAAUUAUUAAAGAAUGGUUAUCGAAUGGAGAAACCAAAAAAUUGUGGUCAAUCAUUGUAUGAUCUCAUGCUAUCUUGUUGGAAUGCAGUUCCAAGUCAAAGACCUACUUUUUCAGAUAUUAUACAAAAUUUGGACGAAAUCCUAUUAAAAUUAUCGGAUGAAAUUCAAAUUGAAAAUUUAGAAGAAUCAAAUAAUGAGAAAAGGUCAAAAUCGGUUUCAGAUGAGUCUUAUCUUAAUCCGCUUUUAUAAAAGCGUUCACAUAUAUUUAAUAAAAUAUUUUUUAUUUAAAAUAAAUUUUUUAAAAAAGAAAAUUUGA